AUGAGCCAGCCGCCCCGGCACGCCACAGCCCCGCUCCCCACCGCCUUGCAAGCGGGGGCGGCCCAGCCCGGAGUCGCGCCAGCAAAAAAAGGCAGCAGCCAGCAGCCAGCAGCCAGCCUCGCUCACGUAUAUAUACAUUCAUAUAGGCGCUCAGCCGGGCUCGGGCGGCCGCACGUGGGAUCCGCAGCCGACCAGCCCCGGCGCUGCUGCUGCUGCAUUUGCACCGCGGCUGCCAAGCCAGCCAGCCAGCCAGCGCGCGCGCACCGUCCCCGGGAGAAGCAGCAGGAGGGAAAGCCGCAGAGGGUUCCCCCUGCGCGGUCCCCGGCCGGGGUCGUGAUCGUUUCGGCCGCCUGCUGCCGCCCCCCCCCCCGGACCCCGACCCCCGGGUUGCUUUUUUGCAACCAGGCGACGCCGACCGCGGCGGAGGGCCGCAGGAAGCAACAUGGAUCACAAUUCCGCACGUGUCUCUCGGGGCCGUGCUCCCUGCUGUUUAUUUCCCCAGCUCUGUCCUGGAGCCCCACCGCGUGCGAUGUCGGUCAGCGGUUUCGCACCUUCAGCAGCUGCCCCCAGCCGACGCUGCGGAUCCAGGCCUCGCUGAAAGGAAGCUUUGAGAAGGGUCGCCGGAGAUCUGUGGUGACGGUGGCCCCGUUGGAGGCAGGCCAUUUGCCCCCGUUUGCUCCUCUGUGCGCCAAAGUUUUUGGCAGUCCUCCUUCCCCAGGUGGCGUAAUCCUGUAUGUGGGCUCAACUGCAGGCUCCAGUCCCACCCCGGGCAGCCCACCCAGUGGAUAUCUGGUGCCUUCGCCCCAACACUCUCUGCCCUCCUCCUUGGAAGAGCUGACCCUUACUGAGAUCGGGGCCAUCAAGCCACAGACAGCCAGCUCCCCCUCCUCACCCAAGGUAGCCUUCCAGUUCCCCGAGGCAGUUCGCUAUUCCAACAAAGGCCCGUCGCCACCAACACAGAGCCGAGUGCCCGCUGCAAAACAGAACGGAGCUACCGGCACCUUUGCCAAGACUGGAGGGAUGGUGCUACUCUGCAAGGUUUGCGGUGACAUUGCCUCCGGCUUCCAUUAUGGUGUCCACGCCUGUGAAGGAUGCAAGGGGUUCUUCCGCCGGAGCAUACAGCAGAACAUAAAUUACAAGAUGUGCGUAAAGAAUGAAAACUGCAUGAUCAUGCGGAUGAAUCGCAACCGCUGCCAGCACUGCCGUUUCAAGAAAUGCCUGGCAGUGGGCAUGUCAAGAGAUGCUGUGCGCUUUGGGCGCAUUCCUAAGCGGGAGAAGCAACGUCUGCUUGACGAGAUGCAGAGCUACAUGAACAGCUUGAACGAGGCCCCCAUGGACGUCGGCCUGAGUCCCGAGGCGGACGCCCCGCCCAGCCCGAACAUCCAGGAAGAGGAAGCGAUAAAUGCCAUCUCGAGGGCUUACCACGAUAUCUUUGUGAGUGGGCAAGACCGCCUGGGCAAGCGCGGAGGGACUCCGGGGGCCGAGGCCUGCCCCUUGACCAACUACAACGACCAGCAACUGAACAGUUCCCACGGCUACGGGCAGUACGAGUCGGCUACCUUGCGCUUGUCCAGCUACGGACCUCAGGAAUCACCCAGUUACGUGGACAAUAGCCCCCGUGGCUUUGGCAAUGACAUCUUCCAGGCCCAACAGUCUGGCUAUCUGCACAAUGCUGGGCGUUAUCCAGCCUUUGAGUAUGGCUAUCCUGAGACAAAUGCCCAGAGGGGCUGCCCUUGGCGGGGGACAGCCAGCAGAGGCAUCGCAUGCCCUCUGAACGCCAUCCCCUACUGCAGCAACGGGAAAAGCAGCCAGCAGGUGUGGGAGGAGUUUUCACAGUGCUUCACGCCUGCCGUCAAGGAGGUGGUGGAGUUUGCCAAGAGCAUCCCGGGCUUCCAGUCGCUCUGCCAGCAAGACCAAGUCAUGCUGCUCAAAGCCGGCACCUUCCAGGUGCUCAUGGUGCGCUUCUCCUCCCUGUUCAACCCCAAGGAGAAAGUGGUGACCUUCCUGAGUGGGGAGACAUACUCUCUCUGCAGCCUACGCACCAUGGGGAUGGGAUCCCUGCUGGACGCCAUGUUUGAGUUCAGUGAGAAGCUCGGCUCGCUGGGCUUGGAGGCCCAGGAAAUGGCUCUCUUCAUGGCCGUGGUCCUCGUCUCAGCAGAUCGCUCGGGCAUCUCUGAUGUGGACGCAGUCGAAAUCCUCCAGGAGACUUUAAUACGAGCCUUGAGAACUCUAGUAACCAAAAAGCACCCAGACGACUCCACACUCUUCCCCAAGCUGCUUCUCCGUCUCCCUGACCUGAGGACCCUCAACAACCAGCAUUCGGAGAAACUCCUUGCCUUCCGGAUCAACCCAUAAGCCCCACUAGACCAAGACAGCCUCUUAAACCCUAGGAAAUGGCGGGGACAAGGAACGGAGUAUCCACCGAAUCCAACAGAUUGGACUAAAUUUUGCUCUUUGAAAGGAGAUAACGACCGAAGAGGAGCAGAAGGGAUCCGGCAACGGCGGGGAGCCCUUUGUCCAUCACAGCUGGGAUCUGCUGCAGUAGAUCCCUCCCCGGUGAGGAGAUCGGACACAGGAGGAAGAGCGUGCUGCCUGGACAGCGCUCUCCGGGGCCCAUGUGUGGAUUGAAGAUCAUUUCUUUGCUAGAGGAGAUCAAGCAAACGAAUCGGACACGCGUCGUACCGUGUUGUUUCUAAAUGUGUGUUAUAUAUACAUCAUUUCCCCCCAUAUGAUAUUGUCUUGAGGUUUUAUUCUGUAUAUAAAGACAAUGAGAGUAUUGUGCAUAAUAGUGAUUAUCGGUAGCUCUCGGGGACAGGAAAUCCCUCGGUUCCUUUCCUUAAUCUGCAUGCUACCAUAGCCCCAAGUUUUAGACUUCUUUUGACUCUGUUCCCUGGAGAAGGUGUAG